AGUAAUUUUUUUGACUUCAUUUAUUUUUGUGAUAGCACAUCAGGAUUUGUACUUACAUUAUUCAAACUUGUUUAUUCAAAAACUAUUUUUAAAUCUUUUUUUUUAAUGUAAAUAUUAGGUGUCACGCCCAGCUCCGUCCGAUCCUCGUGUGUGCCACGCCCACCUCGUUACCUCGUGUUAAUCCCUGAUUGUCAUCACCUGUUUCCUGUUCCUUUUGAAUUGUCCUGUGUAUAUUAGUCCACGUAUGCCACUAUCUUCCAGAUCGGUCAUUGAUGUCGUCGUGUCUCGUGCUUGUUGUGCCUAGUGUGCCUUCUGUCCAGCCAAUAAACCCCGCUUACCCGUCCGCUUUGCUCUACUCACCUGUUUUCCUGCUUGCCUGCUCCGCGUAACGUAGCAGAAUGACCGAUCUCACGAAAGAAUCACUGCAGCAGGAAGAGGACCCAUGGCUACUCCUGCUGCACGAGGUGAGCGAGCAGCCGGAGGUCCGAGAAGACCCCGGCUUAUUGGUCCUGGCCAACCAGAGUUGGACCCUCCUACAAGAGGUUACCCCGCUCAACGAAGUGCACUCACUGGCGGAAGUGCGCUCCAACCUUCAGCAGCUCGUCGGCACGGUGACAGAAAAGCGGCUCCAGCCGCUCGCCUGCACAGAGGCAACCCCGCCUCCACCUACCUGUCCCGGCCGGCGAAAGAAGAAAAGGCUCUGCCCGCGGUCCUGCCUGCUGCUGCCACUAUGCCCGUCUCGCCCAUCCUGUCUGCCUUGCCCUGUCUGCCUUCAGCUGCGCCCGAGGCGCCUGCUAUGGCCCUGCCUCCGCCCAUGCCUGAGGUCCUGCCCAUCUCGCCGGCUCGGCCCAUCUUGCCUGCAGCCUGCCUGCUAGUCCCGUCUGUCUCGCCCGCAGCCCGCCUGCCUGCAGUGGUCUUGCCUGAGGUCCCUACGCCCGCUGUCCCGGCUCCGCCCGUCUCUGCUCCGCCCGAGGCUCCUAGGCCUCCGCCUCCUGCUCCGCCCGAGGCCCCGACACUAACCCCUGAAAUCUCUGUCCCCGAGGAGGUCCCGGACUGUAUUACCAUCGCUCCUCCUCCCUUUCUGGUCCUGUUCCCCUGGUCUCGUCCGCCCCUUCCCUUGGGCGCGCCAAGAAUGACCAACACCGUCAACACGACCUGGUAUCUCAGCCUGGCGAUCUCCGACUUCCUGUUCUGCCUUUUCCUCCCUAUAAAAACAUGUGAAUAUGUGGCCACCCAAAACUAG